AUGGAAGAACUUGAGUUCUCUUCCACCUCGGAACACUACCGAAUUUUCGGGGACCUGGUGCUCGAAAACCCUGAGAAGCAUCUCAGGGUUGAGCAAAUGCAAUAUCUUCUGGCACUUCAACCUUUUAUUUGCGACCUUGAGCGUCGAUCACUAAAAUCGAGCUUCGAUUAUCUUUCCGAAUUUUCUCAAUUCAAGCAUCGGGAAUGUGCUCUCUGGGACCCCCCUCGGAGCAUUGAGGAGCUUGUUCCGCCGUCGGGAGACAUAAAUGCACCAAUUGCUAACAGAUUGCACAACCCUUCCUUUACGACUCUCAAUUUGCGAGGUGGAGAGACAGCGGAUGGUACAAAUCCUUGUAUUCAGCUUUUGCUGGAGAGCGGAUUUACAAAGAAUAAUUCAUUGAUCUACGACCAUUUAUCUCGCCGCGAAGUGUUGGACGGGAUCUCCAAGUACCCCAAGGCGAUUUUGGAUUGCCACGAGGGUUUUCUAAAGAUGCUGCGGAGCGAGAUGACUGCAAAAGUUGAAGUGGUUUGGGGACGUUAUGUACGACUAAGGGCGCUGGAAACUCUGAAACUCGAACGACUUCAGCUCUGGGGCGACUAUAAAGACAUCACCAUCUACCUAGAAUGGGACAGCGAAGAGACAUCUCAUACACAACACGUCAAAAGAAAAAUAUCUCGAUUUAUCGUGUUUGUUAUGCAUCCCCAGGUCUUCCUUUACGGGUGGGGUCGGAAGCACGCAAUGCUGCAGGACCGUUACCUGUCUGUUGCUGCAAAGCUGGCAAGUACUACCAUCAAUGAAUGUUUCUUUCAAGAGCUGCCAAGGUUUAGCAAAAGUUCAUUUGCAAAGCUAUCUUAUAUGGCAGAUAUAACAGCACAGAAAAAUGCUAACGAAGGAAAUCACCUUGGCACAAAUGGUACAUCAAAUGUCCCUACAAAUUCCGAGGAAAGUACCAUUGCUACAGUGUUACGUGAUGCUAAUUUUGAUCCUUCUGGCCCCAAGGAGGAAUGUUCGAGUCCUACUUCAAUUGAGGAGAGAGCCGUGGUAAAUGAACCUCGGCUCAGGAUUAUGCUUGAACAGGAGCUUGCACGAAAUCGAUUGCUACAGGAAUAUGAUCUCUUCGAUGUUAAGGACUUCGAGGAACUGCCUGCUCCAUUGAAAGAGUGGCUUUGGGAUCACACUACAACAUUGUUUUCUGGCACUAAGAUUUCAUCGACAGAUGACUUGAUAGCUGCAUAUCAUAAGUUGUGUACGGAUGCGAAGACAAAUGACAUUUACAAUAUCGGCAUCUUUGGAAUUGUGUCCAAGCUAAUGCAAUUGCACGCGGAUAGAUUACAACAAUUGGGACAAAAGCAAUUUGAAGAUCUUAUCUACUAUGGCACAGGUCCACACAAAAUUAUGAAAGUCAAGUGCAAAAAGUGCGGACAGAAUCAGCCCGAUGAUACUAGAGCUCGCUGGUCUAGGCUUCGGCCACAUUACUAUGUCAUUCGAGAGACUCGAACAUGUCCUUCGAGUGCAUGCUUUGGGAAAAAGCAAUACCUUCUACCUCAGGAUAGUAAUGUUCGUUGGGUCUUUGCUGACAGACGUUUGUUGACAGUCUGCCCAAAACGGCAGUCAAAUUGGCGGCGGCUUAUGCGCGAUAAGGAUGAGUGUGUUGGGCUACCCAUGCAAAUUGAGAGCUGGUGUUGGAAAUGUCAUGAAGCAACGGAGCUUUCUCCACGGCUUGGAAAGGGUAACAAAUUAUUAGACAAAAAUCCACGCUGGACCAUAGGAGAUCCGCCGAAAUACAUUACUAGGGCACCGCAAUGUUAUAAUUGCCACACCGAAAACACAAGGUUCAUCCCAAUUGACGACAGGAUUCAGUCAAUACGGGUCCAACAAUUAGGACGCUUUGAAAAAGAAUUCUCAUUUAUUGAUGAUAACAGCUAUUUGGCCAAAAUGCUAGGUGCUCGUCCUGGAGCUACCAGAGCGUAUCAUCCCGAACGUAAUCCUAACCGUCGUGCUAAGCAGGAGAGUAUCGAAUCUUCACAGGCGUCGGAAUGA